AUGGAAAUUAAAGAGAAGACUGUGUGGGUCCAAUUUCGGACCCACUAUGUUACCAACAGCGAAGAUCUUGUUUUGGGUAUCACUGGUUCCCUCCCAGAGUUAGGGCAGUGGAAUGUGACACGAGCUGUAGUUGCAGAUGAAAUUCCCAAAAGUUCAGGAGAAUGGGUUGUUUUAAUCGAACUUACAGCAAAUGUCACGUUUGACUGGAAGUGGGUGGUACUUUCCCAGGAAAAUGCUACGAUGACCGCAUUCCGGUGGGAAGAGCGAGAUAAUAGAAGCACUGAGCUGCAGGGACAGGGUCAACGAUGUUACGCCGCGUGGAAUGACGACGCGGCGUAUGAAAUCAUCCCCAAAUUUCCAGUUGAUGAAUGGAAAUGGAUGGAUGAUGGUGAUCAGGAUGAUGAAGAACAAUCUCCUGAGAGUGAACAUGUUCCCCCGAGGCGUGUAGAUGUAGGCUACCUUACUAGUGUCGUGGUAUCAUCCUAUCAGGAUAUCCGACACAAAGUGGUAGCCUUUUGUCAGUCGAUAAGGGGGAUUUUCAGAAGAGGCUGA